UGGUAUAUAACAGUAUAGUAUACACUGUGCUGUAACUUUUCCUUUAAUGGCAGAACUAUUACACAAUUUCCCAUCACUUCUCAUGCAAUGCAACUGUCUGAAUAUUGGCAAAUCAUAUUUGCCAGCAAUUUCGUAUGCAUUAAACUGUGAACUUCCUCUCAGCAUUCCUCUCAGAAUAAAUUAAACUGCAUGGUUGCAGAAAAGAUGGUUUUGUGGGUGAAUAUUAGACUUUUUUCUGGAUGUCUUGUCCUUAUAACUGGAAUUUAUAAUGUCAAGGCCUGGACAUACCAUUACAACAUAGACACUGAUGUGGACUGGACAAAAGCUCGUCAGUGGUGUCAAAAGAAUUUCACUGAUAUGGUGGCCAUCCAAAACCAGGCUGAAGUUGCAUACCUUAACCAAAUUCUGCCCUUACAUCCGACAUACUACUGGAUUGGCAUCAGGAAGAUUGAAGGCCACUGGACGUGGGUUGGGACCAAAAAGCACUUGGUCCCCGAAGCAGCAAACUGGGCGAAAAAUGAACCGAAUAACCAGGGAACUGGAGAAGACUGUGUAGAGAUCUACAUUAAGAGGCAAAAAGACACGGCCAAGUGGAAUGAUGAGAGGUGCAGCAAAAAGAAAGCAGCUCUCUGUUAUUUAGCCUCUUGUUCAGAUAAAUCCUGCAGUGAGCACGCGGAGUGCGUGGAGACUAUUGGGAACUACAAAUGUCAAUGCGACCCUGGUUUUAAGGGCCCGCGCUGUGAGGAAGUUGUCCAGUGCUGGCCAGUUAAAAGUCCACAGCAAGGUUUUGUGAAGUGUGACGGUGACUUUGGAGCAUUUUAUUUUAACUCGUCAUGCCAGUUCCAAUGUUCCACUGGGUUCAAGCUGGAAGGGGAACAAAGGCUACACUGCCUGGCAUCUGGGCACUGGGAUAACACACUUCCUGUUUGUCAGGUUGUCCAGUGUCUCCCGAUCAUUGAUGCCCCUGGUGGUUGGAGUAUGAACUGCACUCAUCCCCUUUCCAUCAAUAGCUUCAACUCUAGCUGUGAGUUCAAGUGUGAGGAGGGAUUUGUCCUCGAAGGCUCAAAUACAACUUGGUGUGACCACACUGCGCACUGGACACACAAAACCCCCACCUGCACAGUGGUGACCUGUAAUCCCAUUCUGGCCACUGCAAAGAGUCAUCUGACAUGUGAUGAUCCAUUCGGAAACUUCUCUUUUAGUUCUUCUUGCAAUGUUUCCUGUGAUGAGGGAUACAAACUUAGAGGAAAAGCCACACUCACCUGUCUGAGUGAUGGCAACUGGUCAGCAGCCACACCUGCAUGUGAAGUUGUAAAGUGUGACCCACUGAAGCCCAGCCCACAUGGCUCCCUGCAAUCUUACGAUCCUAUGGAGGAGUUUGCUUAUGGCUCCACUUGUUGGGUAAAAUGUGACUUAGGUUUUGUACUCAAUGGUACAAAUUCAACUCAUUGUACCGCACAUGGGAACUGGAGUCACAUCUUGUCUGUUUGCCAUGCUAUACAGUGUCCACCUCUCUCUAAUGCACCAAAUUAUGGAAGUAUGAGCUGCACACACCCCCUCUCCAACAAUAGCUAUAACUCCAGCUGUGAGUUCAAGUGUGAAGAGGGUUUUGUGCUCAAAGGUGCAGAUUCCACUCUCUGUGACCAUACUGGGCUCUGGACACACAGUACACCUAUUUGUACAGCUGUGGCUUGUGACCCUCUUGUGGCCCCUGCACAGAGUCACCUGACCUGUGCUGAUCCAUUGGGAAAGUUCUCUUUUCGUUCUUCUUGCAAUGCUACUUGUGAGGAGGGAUACACACUAAGAGGAGAAUCCACACUCACCUGUCUGAGUGACGGCAACUGGUCAGCACCAACGCCUAAAUGUGAAGUUAUAAGAUGUGGUGCUCUGGAGUCUUUUCAGCAUGGCAUUGUGCAGUGUCAGGACCGCUUGGAGAACUUCAGCUAUGGCUCCUUGUGCUGGCUGGAGUGUGGAGCUGGAUUUACUCUGAAUGGAAGUAAUUCCACUUACUGCACAUCAAAAGGGAAAUGGAGCCAAAACCUUCCUGAUUGUCAAGCACGGCAGUGCAGCCUCUUAAUCGACCCUUCUCAUGGGACUGUAACCUGCACGCAUCCUCACGGGAGGUUCAGCUUCGGUACAGUGUGUGAAGUAAGCUGUCAGGCAGGCUUCAAACUGCAUGGCACACCCCGAAUGGAGUGCUUGGAGAUGGGGAAGUGGACAGACACCCCACCCUUCUGCUUGGCUCAACAGUGCCCCCCUUUGACCGCUCAAGAAAAUGGCUGGAUGAAUUGUUCUCAUCCUCACUCCCUGUUUAGCUACGGCUCGCAAUGCUUCUUGGGAUGUAAGGCUGGAUUUGAAAUUACAGGAGAGCAAGGCAUGACGUGCUCUGCUUCUGGGAACUGGAGUCAGGAGAUGCCCUCUUGCACUGCUGUUCGUUGUGAGCUCCUCUCAUUCUCUGAACUUCCUGAGCUGGGACCUCUACCCUCAAUGAACUGUUCUCACCCACAUGGAAACUUCAGCUUUGGAUCUCAGUGUUUUUUCCAGUGUGCCAAGAGCCAUAAGCUCAAUGGAACCAGUCAGCUCAUCUGCACCUCCAAAGGGUACUGGACCAACUCUCCACCCAGUUGCGUUGUACAGGAGAUGUCAGUGAGUGCCGGCAUGCUGAUGUAUGCAGCUGUGGGAGUUGCUUCUUCAGCUGGACUACUUUUGUUUGGAGGACUAAUUUUUUUGUUGAUGCGCCAAUUCACCAAAAAGGCUCAUUACGGUCUGAAUGACUCUUCGUGGGAAGGGGAUUUGAACCCAGCAUUUGAAUUCAAUUAAAAGACAAAUUUACUCAAAAUAUACUCAAUAAAGUGACCAAUAUUUUCCAUGUUGUUUUGUGCUUGAAAUAAAUGAGUAUUUGAUUAGAA